CACGCUAGAGUGGAAACGGAGUCAAAACGCCCGCCCCGCCGCCUCCCUAUAUAUACGCUCUCGCCGCCCGCUGUCUCUCUCGCUCGUCUCCCAUCCCCAGCAGCGUUCGUUCUCCUCGGUCGGUCGGUCAGUCCGUCACCUCCCGCCGCCGUCUCAACGUACCGCCGAGACGCGGGGGCCGGGGCGCGACGGCACGGGCGCCCGGAGCUGACGGGCGGAUGGGAGCUGUAGCGUCGCCCGCGCCGCGGCGGCCGGGCGGGGCGGCGGAGGUGACGGAGCUGGAGCUGCGCAUCCAGCUGCUGGGAGGAGGCGGCGGCUACAACAUCAACGACAACGCGGACCUGCUGGCGGAGAUCCUGGCGCGCCUGGACGGGCGCUCGCUGGCCGCGGCCGCCUGCGUGUGCCGCCUGUGGGCCGCCGUGGCGCGCCGCGACGCCGUCUGGGAGGCCCUCUGCCUCCGCCACGUCGUCGGCCCGGCGCCGCCGGCCGGCCCCGCCACGCGCGCCGUCGUCGCCGCGCUCGGCGGGUACCGCCGCCUCUACCGCCUGUGCCUGGGCCCGGCGCUGGACCGGCUCGGCCGCGCGGGGGGCGCGCUGGCGCAGGCCCAGGCGGCGCGCGCGCACCACCUGUCGCUCUCCCUCUCGCUCUCGCUCUUCUCCAUCGACUGCUACGAGCGCCUCGGAGUCGGCGGCGGGGGCGCCGGCGCGGCCGCCAGGAGGCAGCCGGCGCCGCCGUCGUCGCUGCUGUUCCUCUGCAAGCCCGUCGACGUGUCGUGAUGGCAUUCAGCGCCGGCCGGGCAGGCGGGCGGGCACGAGCGGCCACCGCUGUCGCUCGCCAAAUUAAAGCCGUCCCGGGCAUGUCGCGUCGCGUCCUCGGCCUACGCUGCCUAGCCAACCAUCCUCCACGUCGGAGCGUUCGACGGACGCCGCCGCUUGACACGAUUAUUAAUUAGUUUGAUUAUGAUUAUUAUUAGCACGGACGAACGAGCAAGCUAAGGGCUGUUGAGUCAAUCCAAGCUGUAGUACUCCACCGGAGGGGCAUAUUAAAUUG